AUGUCAUCGGAAAAGUCAGGUCUCCCGGACUCAGUUCCUCACACUUCUCCACCCCCGUACAAUGCCCCCCAACCCCCAGCCGAGCCCCCCGUCCCGCCCCCACAGGCAGCCCCCUCCUCGCACCAUCACCACCACCAUCACUACCACCAGUCAGGCACCGCCACCCUCCCGCGCUUAGGGGCAGGUGGCCUAUCAUCUUCAGCGGCCAACGCUCAGCGAGGCCCCUCGUCCUCUGCCACACUGCCUCGGCCCCCACACCAUGCCCCACCCGGUCCGGCCGCUGGGGCGCCCCCACCCGGCUGCGCUACCUUGCCCCGCAUGCCACCCGACCCUUACCUGCAGGAGACUCGCUUCGAGGGCCCACUUCCCCCGCCGCCGCCCGCUGCCGCCGCCCCGCCCCCGCCAGCGCCCUCCGCUACUGCCCAGGCCCCGGGCUUCGUGGUGCCCACGCACGCGGGGGCGGUGGGCACUCUGCCGCUGGGGGGCUACGUAGCGCCAGGCUACCCCUUGCAGCUGCAGCCCUGCACUGCCUACGUGCCGGUCUACCCUGUGGGCACGCCCUACGCAGGCGGGACGCCUGGAGGAACGGGAGUGACCUCCACUCUCCCCCCGCCACCCCAGGGCCCGGGGCUGGCCCUGCUGGAGCCGAGACGCCCGCCGCACGACUACAUGCCCAUCGCAGUGCUGACUACUAUCUGCUGCUUCUGGCCUACGGGCAUCAUCGCCAUCUUCAAGGCAGUGCAGGUGCGCACGGCGUUGGCCCGCGGAGACAUGGUGUCCGCAGAGAUCGCUUCACGCGAGGCCCGGAACUUCUCCUUCAUUUCCCUGGCGGUGGGCAUCGCAGCCAUGGUACUCUGUACCAUCCUCACAGUAGUCAUCAUCAUCGCUGCGCAGCACCACGAGAACUACUGGGAUCCCUAAAAACGCCCCGGCCCAGCCCCACUGUGCGCCCCUCGACCUCCCAGGCGCCUUCUGCAGUCAUGCCGCGGACCCAAUGGGUGUCCUACUCACCGGCCUCUAAGGCCGCU